UAAACUAUAUAUAUGUCCAUGCUAGAAAAGCUUCCUAUAUUAUGGGGCUUCUACUACCAGUCUGUUCAGCAAAAAUCCUUAGUAGAAAUGUGGCUUCUGGUUGCAAAGUUUGGUUUUGUGAUUUUUUUUUUUUUUAAUCUCUCUACUAGCUUUGAAAGACGGUAAUUCUGUCCACUGAAGUCAGAAAAAUGUUAUAGCUGCAUUAGCGCACAGAGUUUUACUCAGGAUAUAAAUACCCAAUUGUUCUGGUACAAUGUUUGUUUUGUGACUCAGUAUUGAUCUUAUCAAAGUUCUUAUCUGUGUCACUUGGCACUUAAGUCCUCUGUUGCUCAGUUGUCUUAUGAUAAGAUCAAGAGUUCAGCAAACAUCAAAAAAUAGACAGGCAUUUAUACAGAAAAUUGGAAAAUCCACAAUUGCGCUAGUAUUAAAAAAAUAAUAAUGUCAUAAACCUUGCAAGUAUAAGCCAGUUACCCCCAGUUUUAGGACAGCAUUCUUCACUCUGAACAGUUAAUUCAUAAUGGUUCAUCUGGGGGAUUUUUGCACAUCUUCCUGCACGAGAUGGAACAGGCUACAGUUAGUGACAUAUUGGACUAGAUGGGCCACUGAUCUGGUAUAGCAAUUCUUACAUUCCAUAGCUGAUGCUAACUUUUAGAAAAAACUAUUCGGUUGGGCUUAUUUCAGAACAUACAGUUAUAACCUUGACACUGUAGGUGGCAAUGUGUAUACACAGUUAAGUACUGUGAAACUGUAAAAAAAAAAAUCUUCAUUAGAAUGCUUCUAUCCUGAACUGCUGGUGAAAAUUCAGGCAGGUGACAUCAUGAAUGUUAAUCAUUUCCUUACUGUAAUAUAUAAAUGAAGCCAGAUCAAGUUACAAGUUCUUGAAUACAAGGUGGUAUACAAGGUCUUCGAUUGAAUUACUGAAGAAAUAUUUUUUCUGAGUUUUCAGUCCAUCUGUUUCCUGCCAUCAAAGAUUUUCAGUUUAAGCACAUGGAAAUUUGCAGUCAUUGUUUCUUUGCACUGUUUCCAUUAGUUGCAACUGCAAAGCAAGCUUUAUCUGAUUGUGUAGUGGAUGGAAACUGCGGACUAAAAUUUAAUGGUUGAAGUCUACAUGAAGUUUAUUCUUUAGUCAUGGAGAUAAAGACAUCCCCGAAGUCUUGGAUUGAAAGCAUCUUCAAUAAAAGAGAAUGUGCAAAAAUCAUUACUAGUUCUAAAGAUCCACACAGAUGUCCUGCUGGAUGUCAGGUAUGCCAGAACUUAAUCAGAUGCUGUUGUGGCCGGCUGAUUGGAGAUCAUCCUGGGAUAGAUUAUAGUUGUCCUGCUUAUCAGUCUGUCGGAGAGAGUAAUGAUGAAGAAUGGUGUGUCCAAAAACACACACAGAUAAGUCCCACUGAUGCAUAUGGUACUAUCAAUUUCCAAGACGGUGAUCACACUUACCAUGCCAAGUAUGUUAGAAUCUCCUACGAUAGCAAGUCAGACCAGCUGUUACAUCUGAUGGUGAAAGAGUGGCAGAUGGAACUGCCAAAGCUAGUGAUCUCUGUUCAUGGAGGCAUCCAGAACUUCAAGCUUCCGUCUAAGGUCAAACAAGUUUUCAGCAAAGGACUGAUCAAAGCUGCUGAGACUACAGGAGCGUGGAUAAUUACUGAAGGCAUCAACAGUGGAAUUUCAAAGCAUGUGGGAGAUGCACUGAAAGCUCAUGCCUCUCAGUAUCUGAGAAAGAUUUGGGCUGUUGGAAUUCCUCCUUGGGGUAUCAUUGAGAACCAGAGAGACCUCAUUGGUAAAGAUGUGGUUUGCCUAUAUCAGACUCUUGGUAAUCCUCUCAGCAAGCUGAGCACCCUCAACAGUAUGCACUCCCAUUUCAUACUGGUGGAUGAUGGGACAGUGGGAAAAUAUGGCAACGAGAUGAUGCUCAGGAGGAGUCUAGAGAAAUACAUAUCCCUUCAGAAAAUACACACUCGAAUGGGCCAAGGUGUACCAGUGGUUGGGCUGGUAGUGGAAGGAGGCCCAAAUGUGAUCCUUAUGGUUUGGGAGUAUGUAAGAGACACUCCAGCUAUCCCAGUGGUGGUCUGUGAGGGCACAGGCAGAGCUGCAGAUCUCCUGGCUUUUGCACACAAGCACACAGCAGAUGUGGGGGAGUUGCGCCCUCAGCUGAAGGAGGAGAUAUUAGUAACGAUUCAAAACACCUUUAAUCUUGGGCAGAAACAGUCCCGUCAUCUAUUUCAGAUUCUGAUGGAGUGUAUGGAGCACAGAGAAUCUAUAACGAUAUUUGAUGCGGAGUCAGAGGAACAGCAGGACAUUGAUCUGGCAAUCCUGACAGCACUCUUGAAAGGUACAAAUAUGUCUGCCCCGGAUCAGCUAAAUUUGGCAUUGGCUUGGAAUAGACUUGAUAUUGCCAAGAAACAUAUAUUAGUUUAUGGACAGCACUGGAAGGUUGGCUCCCUAGAACAAGCAAUGCUGGAUGCUUUAGUGAUGGACCGGGUGGAUUUUGUGAAACUGUUAAUAGAGCAUGGAGUGAAUAUGCACCGUUUCCUUACAAUAUCUCGACUGGAAGAACUCUACAACACAAAACAAGGACCAACAAACCUUCUUCUGCACCAUAUCGUUCAAGACGUAAAACAGAACACCCUUUCCUUGGACUAUAAGAUAUCACUGAUUGAUAUUGGGCUAGUUAUAGAGUACCUGAUUGGUGGAGCUUACCGGAGCAGCUAUACAAGGAAACAUUUCAGAGUUCUAUACAACAGCCUCUACAGAAAAUGCAAGCGAGUGGUCCCCAGCUUUUCUCAAGGCUUUUCUCAUCAUUCCCUUCAUCAGACUAAUCAGAUGGGUAGCACAGUUGGAUCUGCUGAAAACACUUUGCAUUCCCAGUUCAUCCGAACAGCACAGCCUUACAAAUGCAAGGAAAAGUCAACUGCUUUUCGAAAGUCUAAAAAGAAGUCAAAAGAUGAACUCAGCCUUUCAGAGGAUCAUGACUCUGCUGGCUUUAUUUACCCCUAUAAUGAUCUUUUGGUUUGGGCAGUGUUAAUGAGAAGGCAGAAGAUGGCAAUGUUCUUCUGGCAGCAUGGAGAAGAGGCCAUGGUCAAGGCUGUUGUGGCUUGCAAACUCUACAGGGCAAUGGCACACGAAGCUAAGGAGAGCAAUAUGGUGGAUGACACCUCAGAAGAACUGAAGAAGUACUCAAAUGAAUUCGGGCAACUUGCUUUAGACAUACUAGAUAAUGCAUUCAAACAAAAUGAGCAGAUGGCUAUGAAGCUGCUGACCUAUGAGCUGAAAAACUGGAGUAACUCAACUUGCCUAAAACUGGCUGUGUCAGUGGGGCUACGGCCCUUUGUGUCUCACACUUGCACACAGAUGUUGCUGACUGACAUGUGGAUGGGUUGUCUAAAAAUGCGGAAAAACUCAUGGUUUAAGGUCAUUCUAAGUAUUCUUCUUCCUCCUACUAUUUUGAUGCUGGAGUUUAAAAGCAAAGCAGAAAUGUCUCAUGUGCCCCAGUCCCAGGACACAUGGCAUCUUGGUGAUCAGAGCCUAUCUAGCCCUAAAGAUGCAAUGUCUCUGGAAUAUGAUGCUGAAAAGGGGCCCGAGAAAUUGGAUGAAAGCCAUACAUUUACCACCAGCAGUGGGCAGGGAAACCUUCCUGGUACUAGAAAAGUCUAUGAAUUCUACAACGCUCCAAUUGUCAAGUUCUGGUUUCACACGAUGGCGUAUGUGGCUUUUCUCAUGUUGUUCACUUACACUGUGCUAGUGAAAAUGGAACCCAGGCCCAGCGUGCAAGAAUGGCUUGUAAUCAUCUACAUUUUUACCACUGCUGUUGAGAAAGUCAGGGAGACUUUUGUUAUUGUUUUCCUUUCUUGUCAGGUAUUUAUUUCAGAGCCAGGAAAGUUCAAACAAAAGGUGAAGGUGUGGAUUUACGAAUACUGGAACUUUACCGAUUCGAUAGCUAUCAUCCUGUUCAUGACUGGUUUUGGCUUGCGCUGGGCUGAUCCUCCUGUUCAGACUGCAGGAAGGCUAAUUUACUGCUUGGAUAUCAUAUUCUGGUAUACGCGGCUCCUUGACUUCUUUGCUGUGAAUCAGCACGCGGGUCCAUAUUUAACAAUGAUUGGGAAAAUGACAGCAAACAUGUUCUAUAUAGUGAUUAUGAUGGCCAUAGUGUUGUUGAGCUUUGGGGUGGCACGAAAAGCGAUCCUGUCUCCAAAGGAGUCUCCUUCUUGGACUCUGGCACGAGAUAUAGUGUUUCAGCCUUACUGGAUGAUGUUUGGUGAGGUCUAUGCUGGAGAAAUAGAUGCUUGUGAAUUAGAUGAAGACUGUCCUCCAGGCUCGUUCCUCACACCAUUCCUCCAGGCUGUGUACCUCUUUGUACAGUACAUCAUCAUGGUCAACUUGCUGAUUGCUUUCUUUAAUAAUGUUUAUUAUGAUAUGAAAGCCAUAUCAAACAAGCUCUGGAAAUACAACCGCUACCGUUACAUCAUGACAUACCAUGAAAAGCCAUGGCUGCCUCCACCGUUCAUCUUUCUGAGCCACAUUGGCCUCCUUCUAAACUGCAUCUUUCACCAUCGGCCUCCAAAUGAGCUGGAUCAAGAGGAAGGUGAUGUUGGACUAAAACUAUAUCUGAGUGAUGAAGAGUUAAAGAAACUUCAUGAUUUUGAGGAGCAGUGUGUGGAGAAAUAUUUUCACGAGAAGAAUGAAAACCUGAAUUCUAGUGACAGUGAAAGGAUCCGUUUGACAACAGAAAGGGUGGAGGGGAUGUUUUUACAGCUAAAGGAAGUUCAUGAGAAGGUCUUUUACAUCAAGGAAUCUUUAUUUUCCCUGGACAGCCAGUUAGGACAUCUGCAAGACCUUUCUGCCUUGACUGUUGAUACCUUGAAAGUCAUUUCUGCUGUAGAUACCUUGCAGGUGGAGAAGGCCCUGCUGUCUCACCCAAAGUACCAAACAUGUAGAAAGCUUCCGCAUAGCUGGAGUAAUGCUAUAUAUUCGAAGACUUUGAGCAGCUUGGAAUGUUUAAGUGAUAAGAAGUACAACUACUAUAGCAUGCCACCUUCCCUUCUGAGGAGCUUGGCAAGGAGCCAGUGGCCAUCAGAGCGCUGUAGCCAUAUCUUUCAAAGUGAAGACUUUGAGGAAGCAAAGAAAGGAGGCAGCCAGCAAAAGCAAGAAAUGGAGAGUGACACUCUGACUUCUGGUGUAUCCUCUGAGAUGAAAUCAGCCCCUAGAUGUGGACAAUUUCUCUUGGUCCCUAGUGGUCAGCAGGGACCUAUUGCUUCUGAAGAAGUCCAUUUGAAUUUGUCUCUCCCAUGUACUCCUGCCAAGUACAAGGAACAGAAAUUGGUAACCAAGCAGCACUGUAACAAUGUGCUGAUGAAAAACUCACAGGAUGCCAAGCUCACUGAACAAAAACUAGAACGUUACCAGACGAAACAGUGGGACUCCAUUAUUCAGGUAUCAGCGGAGGAGGAUAAUGGGAUUGUAGUGGAUCACUCUAUGAGCCUGGAGCCGUCUCCCAUUGCCAGUGACACCUUACUGCCCUUGUGCACCUAUACGAAGGAAGAUAGGGUUGGUUAUAUAAACUGGGGCUUUUCGGAAGGGGAUGAAAAAGGGGUUUUCAUCCAUGAGAAAAAACAGCAAUCCUGUAUGCAUUCCACCUAUAACAGUGACUGCAACUGCACUAGUAAUCAGCCCCAACAUGUCCAGAUAAAAGAAUCUAAGUCCUUCUCCUACAAUUCAGACAAAUCAGGGUAUAGCAGUGACACCCCAGUGUCUCAGCUCCGGCGCAGUACCUCCUUCUGGAUCAACCCACUCAGGAGAGACUGGAGUUUCUACAAGAGCAGCAGUUUUCAGUCCCGCAAGGAACAGAAAGUGGAGAAGACCUGCAAAACCAAAGAGCAGUCACAUUCUUCUGAGCCUUGCAGCACUUUUGUAGGUACAAAAGCCAAGCAACAAAACAGAGACAGGAAAUCUCUGAGAGAAAAGAAGAAACCAAAACCCUUUCAGGUGCCGGUGAUUAAAGUGGAUGACUGUCCCCAGAGUAUUCAAGUCAGUUCAGAACCAACAGAGAGUAGUUUCUUGGGUGACGAAGAAAAGAACAGCAAGAACUGGCUAACCAUAUCUAAUUUCAAUCAGUUAAGUUUGGACCGCCUUAAUUGUAUGCACCAGAAAAUGAAAAAUAAAGAAACUGGAAGGCACACGGUACAAAUCUGUGACUACUUGAGGCACUCUCGAGAGGAUUUGAAUGGUAGCAUGAUUGGCACCAGAAUGAAUAAAUCAAGCAGGAACUCCUCGUUGAGAAGUUCAGAUGGAAUGGACAAAAUCUUAGCCUGCUUCAAAACAUCACAGGAUCUGCAUUAUCAUUAUUCAGCUGUUGAGAGGAACAAUCUGAUGAGGCUUGCUCAGACCAUACCAUUUACACCAAUUCAGCUCUUUGCUGGAGAGGAGGUGACAAUCUACAGACUAGAAGAAAGUUCACCUUUGAACCUAGAUAAAAGCAUGUCUUCCUGGUCACAGCAUGGGAUGGCUGCAAUGAUCCAGGUCUUAUCUCAUGAAGAGAUGGAUGGUGGCCUCCGCAGAGCCAUGAAAGUCAUUUGUACCUGGUCUGAGAAGGAUGUGUUGAAAUUGGGCCAAAUCUUCAUUGUGAAGUCUUUUCUUCCUGAUGUGGUUCAAACAUGGGAAAAGAUAUUUCAUGAUGGUACAGUGCUACACCUUUGCCUCAGAGAAAUACAACAGCAAAGGGCUGCUCAGAAACUGAUAUAUACCUUCAACCAAGUGAAGCCACAUACCAUUCCCUAUAGCCCAAGGUUUCUGGAGGUUUUCUUAUUAUACUGCCAUUCAGCCAAUCAGUGGUUGACCAUAGAGAAAUACAUGACGGGCAAGUUCCGCAAAUACAAUAAUAACAAUGGGGAUGAGAUUACUCCUGGUAAUUUGCUGGAGGAGAUGAUGUUGGCCUUCUCUCACUGGACUUACGAGUAUACCCGGGGGGAACUCCUUGUCCUGGAUUUGCAAGGUGUUGGGGAAAAUCUUACCGAUCCAUCUGUUAUUAAACCUGACCACAAGCGAUCUGGAGGCAUGGUAUUUGGACCGGCAAACCUAGGAGAAGUUGCAAUUAAAAACUUCAUUGCAAAGCACCACUGCAACUCCUGCUGCAGGAAACUUAAACUUGCCGAUUUAAGGAGAAAUGACUACACACCUGGAGGGCUCAAUCCAUCUUUCAUAGCAGAGACAGACACAAUUGCAAGAACAACUAAAGAGGAUGGUGAAGACGAUGAACCUCUGGAGUAUUACACCCGAUUGUGAUGCAGGAUAUCUUCUGGUUUCCUGAACACGAGAUAAUUCUGACAGGACAAAAUAAAUAAGCAUGAAAUUUCUCCAUGCUCAGAAUUGGCGCAUCUUAAGAACAUGGGGACCACAUUUCUUUUUCAAGAGAAACUUUAGUUAUUCACCUUUAAUAAACUAGUGUUUUUCAUUCUGAUACUAGUCAGUAAGUUGGCUGAUAAAGGUGACUGUUUGGUUUCUUAUGUACUUUUUGUUUUACAGUGCCUUAUCUGAAAAUCUGAUAAAGCCAAAUGCUAGUCGUUGAGGGGAAAAAUGGGAUUGAUUUUUUUUUUUUAAAUAUAUUUCCAGAGUACGAAUUACAUGAUACUUAUCUGCCUGGUAUUUAAUCUGCUCCCCACAUUCAAUAAAAUAAAGUAUGUGUGUGUAAAUAGUUACUUAUCAGAUGCACAGUCUAUGAAUCUCCUUGCAUUGGAAGAUCUUAAGGAAAUUAAGAAAUUGUUGCCUUUUUCAAUGACACUAAAGUGAACAGAAGUUCAGUUGAUAUAAUGGAUAUUUGGGAAAGGUUUGCACUACAUGAUAAGAACCCACUUUUGCAUUCCUUUCACAACCAGAAAUCUCACUGAAGUUAAGCAAUGGAGAAGUGGACCUGGACCACUAGUAUAAUAGAACUGCACUAUUUUCCAUUUUGUAAUAGGUGGGAAAGUACAUAAUACUUUUUUACAUCCUAAAUGUUAGAACCUUUUACUUUAGUUUGGUCUUUCUUGAAAAUAUUAUAUCUUCAAAAACAGAUCUCAGUUUAAAUUUUAAGGUGCAGUAAAAACUUCAAAAGGCCAAAUGAAUAAAUAGAAUUUUUAUUUUUGCUAUUUAGUGAACAUUGUAGAUACAGGGCUUUUAUCCCAGAGUUUGAAUUAAUAAGUUUAUAGGUACAUUUUCUUUUAGUUUUUUAUUGAGAUCCAAGAUUAGACAUGAAUCCUACAGAGUCUUACGCAAGUUCCUAAAUUUAUGCACUGAGAUUUCAGUGGAAUUGCGUGAAGCAC